AUGUUAAUACCUCCAGAACAGUUUGGAAUCGUAGAACCAGGGCUCUACAGGUCCGACACCCUCCACCCAUCCCACUUUCCAUUCAUCCGUUCCCUCAACCUCAAAACCGCUAUCCUCCUCACCCCCGAGUUGCCCUCAAGAGCAAUGUCCAAUUUCUUUGAAGAGAACCAAAUCCGGUUGGUUGAUCUCGCGCUUGGCUCUUGGAAGAAUAAUACCAACAGCAACAACAGCAGCAGCAGCGGCGGGAAUAAUCCGGAUGGGUCAGGGACAGGACAGGGAGGAGCGGGUGGCGAUUCUUCAACGAGUGGAGGUGGUGGAGGAGGAGUGAACACAGUUACGUUGACGACACCUUCAAUCCCGGCGGCGCCUUUCCAGACCAGUUGGUGGAAGCCCCUGAGCGAGGAGCUGAUCAAGGAGGGCCUGGAGAUGAUCCUGGAUGUCAACAACUACCCCAUCAUGGUCAUGGACACUUCGAUCAUUGUCGAAUACCGCGCCUACGCGGGAAACAAGGCCCGGUAUGUCAAUGAACAGUUCAUUGAACUCUUUGAUAUUGACUGGAUCACUCUCCCGGCCAGUUUGCCUACUUGGUGGAUCGAGCAGGAGGCCAUGUGGCAUGAGGAGGAAGAGGAGAGAGAAAUGCAGUUACAGCAGGAGCGGGAAGCAGAAGCAGAUCGUCAACAGGAGGAUCUGAACCAAUUGACCAUCACAUCAGCCACAGCCUUCUUUUCCUCAUAG